UUCUCCCUCGGACGAGUCAAGAAUUCAGCCAUGAAGCUUGCGUUUGUAAUUGUGCUUUUUAUUGCUGGCUCUUGCAUGGCAGAGUUCAGCAAGAAGGAAUUAAAACUAAUUCUGGACUCAGCAAAGUAUUGCAUGGGUCAACUGUCGAUUCCUCUUGAAAGUGACAUUGCCGAACGGGUUAUGUACAAUCGCAACGUUGUAAACGAUGAAAUUACUAAGAAAUACAUCACCUGCGUGAUGCAGAAGAUGGCGCUGAUCGAUGGCGAGGGAAACGUCAGCAAGCAAGCUAUUAUCGACACCUUCAAGGAUAACUACGACGAAGAGCUGCUGAAACAACUAAUGGAGCAGUGUGCGAACCCACAAGGAGCAACUAUGGACGAUCGGAUGUUUGCAUUCUACACGUGUUGUUUUGCGAAGAAAACGUUUAACAUUUAAAAGAGAUUUGUUUGUGUGGAAUUCGCUGAAAAUCAAUAAAUAAUCGUUUUAAAAUCGAUUCUGGUAAAAUAAAACGAAACCAAAUUGAUCUUA